UGCUGUACCAAACCCCGGAACAUAUUUUCGACCUAUUUAGAGUCCGUUAGUUAGGUACUUUGGUUGAAUCCAAUUCGAUUGCGUUCACACCAUAACUGUCGCAUUUUCACUAUUUGUAACCGUCCUAGCCAGAUGGCAAAGAAAAAUUACGAUGCUCUCUACAAACUUCUACUUAUUGGUGAUUCCGGGGUCGGCAAGACAUGUCUGCUCUUUCGCUACGUCGACGACACGUUUUCCCUGUCCUUCAUAUCUACUAUCGGAAUUGAUUUUAAAAUCAAAACUACUGAUGUUGCGGGUAAAAGGAUUAAGUUGCAGAUCUGGGAUACUGCUGGACAAGAAAGAUUCCAGACGAUUACUGCCUCUUACUAUAGGGGAGCAAGGGGCAUCAUGCUGGUCUACGAUAUAACCAGCAGAAAGACGUUCGAUAGCGUCAGUCGUUGGAUGGAAAACAUCCGAUCUUUGGCCUCCACAGACGUGGAGAAGCUUGUUGUUGCCAACAAAUGUGACAUGGAGGAUCGCAGGGCUGUGUCAUUUGAAGAAGCUACUAGAAUGUGCAAUGAAUACCAGGUUCCGCUUAUUGAGACAAGUGCCAAAACGGGGCAUAACGUCGAUCAGGCCUUUGAAAAAUUAACUUUGGCGAUUCUCCAGAAGUCACCCCGCGAGCCAGAUAGUUCGACCAACCCAUUGGGGCAAAGGAUCAGCGAACCAGUUGAGGCUUCCCGCUCGUGUUCUUGGUGCUCAAAUUAAAACGCGAACCCACUAAGGGUUAAAAACUUCAUCGGCCAAAUAUGUUUCAGUGCUACUUGUGGCACCUGGAGUCACAUUCCUCGGUUUGGCAAUGUUCCAUUUCAAGACCCGCUGUUUUUCAUCACGUGACCUACUUGACCUUCUUGCUCAUGUUGCAUGAGCUGGGCAAUUUCCUCUGGGAAAUACGGUCCUCUUAGAUCCUUGCGUCGUUCGCAAGUCACAUUUUCUAAGAACGCGUCUUUUGUUUCAGUUUAUCCACGUAAUUCCUCUCAUCUUGUGUACUAUUUUCCGAAUGUAAAUCAAGGCCUACUGUGUUAUCUGAUAGCCAAUGCCAUCCCCUAACUAAACAUUCGUAUUCUUCCUGACACGCUUACGUUUUGUAGGCAUACACCGAUUAUCUAGUCGUACUUCUAUUUGAGCAUCUUGUCACCUGCAACGUGUUAUCUGUUACUGUUCAUAACUCACUACUCUGCUUUACUACAACUGAUUCUGUCAUCCCGUCCCAAUGCGAUCCUG